CAUGCACAGCUCCGACCCUCUCUGCGAAAACAAAGAGUGAAAUCUGUCUUCAUCUCACUACAGCAAACAGCAGUGGACGACAGAGCACGUCUGCACCCCUCCCAUCCUCCCCAUCCAUUAAAAUACACCGGCAGUCCGGAGCCCCUGGUACCCCCGUGUGCGUGCAGCGGAGUCUGGGAGGGGCAUCCGUCUGUCAGUCCGGGCAAUGGCGGAUGGGGAGGCCACCGUGUCUGUGGAGUGGGACAGCGGUGAUGGGGGCUUAGCAGAAUAACAUCCCACCUCUGCAUUUGUAUUUUCUCUGUGUAGCUUGGUAUUCAUCUCUCGCCAUGGAUCCAGAGAAAACGUUGACUUUCUGCCUCGGGGUGAAGGCUGAGGAGAUGACCAUGUCCCUGCAGGGGCUGGAUGGGACUGAAGCUGCUACGGUGGCUGUUUCUCAGAAGGAGACUGACAUGCCCACAGUUGAUAAGGUGGUGAAGCAUCACGGGGGUUCUGGUAGCCGGCCUGUUGUCAGUCCCAAGUACUGUCCUGGGGUAAACAACAAUCCAGGUUACCUGUGUGACACAGGGCACUGCUGCGGAGAGACAGGCUGCUGUACCUACUAUUAUGAACUCUGGUGGUUCUGGCUGCUGUGGACGGUGCUGAUCCUCUUCAGCUGUUUCUGUGCUUACCGCCACCGCCGGGCCAAGCUGAGGAUCCAACAGCAGCAGAGACAGAGGGAGAUCAAUCUGAUCGCCUAUAACGGAGCCUGCAACUACCCUUCCUCCAUGCUGGACCUUAGUUUCCUGGCUUCCUUCAAGUUGCCCUCCUACGAGGAGGUGGCGGCGCAGCCCAGCACCCCUCCUCCACCUUACAGCUCCGUCUUCGCCCUGCAGGGAGGUGCCCUAGGGGUUCCUAGCACCUCUUACCUUCAUCAUCACCACCACCGUCACCCCUGCCCUCCCUACCUGGCCCCCGGCCCUGGUCCCAGUGGUCUGACUUCCUCCCAGAGCUCUGACAACUACACCAGCUGUUCCUGCGAGUCGUGCUCCCUCACCUCCCCCUCCAGCACCUCCUUCUCUGUCCAGGUGACGGACGAGACGUACGACAGCAGUCACAUCUCCACACCCAGCGAAGCAGGAGGCGAUUGUGCUGUCAUACCAAGGGCCGGGGUCAACUUCACGCCAACUCCUUCGCCGCCACCUCAAUCGCAAGUUCCACCUGAUGUCAUACCUGCGGUCACUCCAGAUGUCAUACCCGUACAAAGACGGUCCUCCAAUGGCAGCGAAGGAGUCUCACCUUUAGCUCCACCGCUCUCUCUUCCUUUACACUCUCGUCCUUCACACCCUUCUCGCUUCCCACUUUCUCCCCUCAUUCUCUUAUCGUCCCUCCCUCCCGGUCAAGUCCAUCCUCUCGUCUUCUCAGACCCGCUCGGAGCCAUGGCCGUUCAAAAAGAAAAAGAAGAAGAGGUCUCGCCUUGUGCUCCAACCCCCAGGCCAGCUCUGUCUCCGCCUAAACAGGCCCUCUUCUCCUCAAACGUGGCUGUUUUCACGCAUUGCAGCAACAAAGAGGGGCAAAAACGAGACAAAGAAGAAGAGGAGGAUGAAGAAGAAGAUGACGAGGAGGAUCAUUUCCGGCAUCGGAGGCUAACGGGCGAUUCAGGCAUCGAGGUGUGCCGCUGCCACGUGAAGAGAGAGGAGCAAGAGGAAGAGGAGCUGCAGAAGGGGCAUUUUGGCAAAGGAGGGAAAGAGGCAGCGAAGGAGGCGGAGAGAGCAGACGUGCUACACGACAGCGUGGACUGUUCCCUCCGAGCGAAAGCCGGCGCUCAGUCGCCUCACCUGGAUGACUGCGCCGAGCAGCGCGGCCACGUCUCCUCGCCCUCGAGCAUCAUCCAGAAGACGGGCGAGGCCAUCAUCGCUGUGGAGUCCUCGUAAAGCCGACAGCCAGUCGAGAUGUAGUGAAGUGAAGUGAAGAGUGUUUACGCUCGAUAGCAUCCUCAUAGAUCAAGACUAGUAGGUGAAAAGUUGAAUCACUGAAGAAAAGUCUUGCAGAUCUUAGUGUAGUGAAAGCAGGCACAGGUACAGGAUGAGUUUUCUCUGUAAUUUAUCUCAAACGAGAAACUCCGAGAGAAGCCGACACCUGAAAGUCCUAUUUUGUAGUUAAUUUAUUUGUGGUUCAGGAGGAGGCAUAUCUCUUUCUCCUAAGUGAUGAAUUGCUCUUUCUCCGUCUCCUUUUUCCCCUCACAUGCUAACCAAAUUCAUUUUUAUUACCAAUGGCUCAACAUCUCUCCAUCCCUCUACCAUUUACUUUCCAUCUGUUUUCUCUCUCUGCAUGACGCAACAUUGGUAAAAUAGCAUUUCUUCAACUCUUUGAAAUGAAAUCCACCAGUAGUCAGUGGUUCCCAGCCUGAGGGGGGGUCACAAGAUAAAUCAGAGGGGGUCAUGUGAUGAUUAACAGUAUAAAAAAAAGAACUAAACUAAAUUAUAUAAGUUUCUGAUCUUUCUCUAAUCUUUGUUUUUUUUUUAAAUGUUAAAUUAUGGAUAGUUGUAUUUCUUUUCGUUCAAACGAAACAAUCCGAGAAGCGAAAAAUCAAUCUUUGGUGAAACUGCUGACAGUGACAUGUGCAAUAUGCAAAAUAUACUUUCUUUUUAAAGGGUUACACAACAACAACAACAACAAAAAGGUUGGGAACCACUGAACCAAAUGAACAAGACUGUUUAUCAUUAACUGACAUAAAUUGAAAUGUAUAUAUUCUCUGAGUUUGUGUAUGUUAACAGUUCAUUUUCAAAAGAGCAGCUCUAACAAACUGUGUCUGGAUCACGUUUUAUGAUCUUAUUUUACUUUCAGACUUUUGGAAAAGGAUGGCGACUAUUGAACGUAUGAUCCGAGGUCAGAGGACUAACCUGUGACUUUUACUUUUUACUUCCCUCUGCUCACCAGAGGAAAUAACGAGAGAAGGCAACUAUUAUGACCGAUUCAAGAGGCGUGUGUUUUAUACAUUGUGUCUUACGUUGACCCUGACAGAAAAAGGGGGUGCAAACUUUGAUUUAAACAUGCGGGUGGCAAAGCUUUACAAUGGUAUUAUGAUUAUACGUUGUUGUUUCAGACUGUUACAUGAUGAUACUGUUUAAUUAACUGACUGUUUGACUUUGGAUUUAAUGUAUUUGAACAUGUUCCUGGUUGGUCGUUGCCACUUUUUUUUUUUUUUGCAAGGCGAUGUAAAUCCGAUUCCUCCACGGACAAACUGUUGAGUUUUUACAAGGCAGAAACUUUAAGCCUAAUCUCGUCACUGAUAAUGAAUGUAAAAGGUUAUGCACCGCAACAAGAGGAUAUAUACUUAAAUUGUUUACGGCAAAUUUUUUUAUAGCAUGAUGACGAUUGACUGAAAAGUGUCCAAAACUGCAGCGAGGGCAGAAGAAUCUGCCGCGCGCGCAGGGGGGCUUUGAGAAAACACUUUGAAAUGAAGUGCCCAUUGUCACGUCUGUCUGCGUCAAAGUAAUGCUUGUGAAGUAUCGACGGUGUAAAUGUACAAAAAGCGAGAGUUUGGAGUCACGGUCAGAGUAAUGCCUCUUUUAUUGUCGCUGUGGCUGCUUUCCUCUCAAUGUUUGAUCCUGUUUUUGUAUGUAAAAUAAUUCGGUCUUAGUAGUGGGAAUAGCACACAUGUACUCUCUCGUAAUUGAAGCAGAUUUAGAAAGACGGAAAGUCUCAAAUCGCAUUUUUUUCAUACGCGCGUGUCUUGUUGUAGUUAUUAUGAGACAAAUGUCUCAUUGACUAGAGGCCACUUUGUCGUAUCCUUGGCUCGACUUUAUUAUCUAACGCCCCAGGGCCGAGCUUUCAGCUCAUUUAAAGUUCUGUGGACAAAAAAAAAUGUCUCGGUUCAGCUCAAUAAGAGAAAAAUCAUGUGUGCAUCCUAAUAGAGAAUGCAAGCAGGUUUGUGAUGCAGGUUAUGAAGGUUCUCUUGACAUCCUCUGACCGUCUCUGUGUCUCAGAGGUGGCUGAUGCUCUGACUGCUCACCCUCUCAACAUGAAAGCUUUUUGGCUAUUGUACAUUAUUUUUGCCUCAAGAAUGAGAAAGUUGUUAUUUUCUUAUUAUUAGUUUUUAGCUAAAGUGUGUUUAUCUAAGUAAAUGGUGCCUAGAUGAAAAUAGACUUUCUGUUGGGCUGAUUUACUGCUGCUAUGUGUGUGUGUGUGUGUGUGUGUGUGUGUGUGUGUGUGUGUGUGUUUCCUUGUAAAUUGUGUAUAGUCGUACAUCAAAUGGGCAAAACAUUUUCUAGCAGUGCUUAGCAGUCUCUUUAUAAAAUAUACACAGUAUGUAGUACACGUGAGACUUGCAAAAAUAGUAUUUAGCAAUAGUAUUCACACUUUUUUCCUUACUCUAGUUAAUGCUGGUUGAUAGGAAAUGAAUUGUUGUGAAAAAGACAUUUACCUCUUUAUAACUGAUCCGUGAGCUGUGCUGGGCAGAGGCCCAUGAUUGUACAUAACACUGCAUUUCUAAAUGCCUUUGGCUUAAGGUUUCUCCCAAGUGCAAACUCAGAUUAUCUGCUCUUACCUUUCGCCUCGGUCUGCGCCUCUCGUCCGUUAACGUUAGAUUCAGGUCGCAGAGUUAAGCAUGUGUGUUUCUGAAGAAUAAAUACCUGACGAAUCGUUAUAUGAACACAUCCUGCUGCUGCACGAUACAAAAGAUAUAUUGUAUUGACAUUCCUCUCUAAGUAAUGCAUUUAUUUGGAUCUGAGCCAUAUGUUGCGUCUAGUUUAUGCACAUGCAGAAAUAUUCACGUGAGCAGUGUGAUUUGGGGGAAGUGGAAGGUAAUUGCCAUUUUCUUUUGUUUAGUACAAACUAUGAUGGUUUGUGAAUGUCAGUUUUACACGAAAUGGCUCAACAAACAGAUUAAAAUAUAAUUGGGAUGGCUGUUCAACUUGAAAGCCCAGAAAGAGGGCAAAAUUGAUUAUUUAAUCAUUAUUUGUUCUGAUUUCUCUAGUAUUACACAGUACGUGUUUUAUGAAUUUUAUCGUAGACGUGUGGUCUAAAAAGCUGAAGAUUUUUCAAUUGGUUUUCUUAUUUUUUUUAGACUUUUGUAGUUUUGUUUGAGAAUUUAUACUCAAGUUAAAUUAUAGAUAUAAUACCAAUACCACAAUAGGAAAUAAAGAAAACAUAUUUUUUUUAUUGUGCAGCACACUGAAUAUUUCUUUAUCCAGAUGGAAAGAUGAGUCAAGAUCAUCAUGUAUUUAUUCUUCAUAAAAACAGACGUUUCAUGCUGUGACCUGAAUAUAAUGGUAAUAAUACCCAAGAGGCACAAACAGAGGCUACUUUUACCCCAGCUCUGAUUUUACAUUGAAGCCAAACUGAUCUGAGUUCAGUGUAUAUAGAACUAGUUUGAUUUCUUUCUUUCUUUUUUUUUGCCUUGUCAGCAGCUAGUAUGUACAGACAAAACGCCCAAACUCUACCCUCAUUGCCACUGAAGGCCAAGGCCUGAUAUAAGACUGUUACCUCGCUGAGUUUUGACUGCAAAGGACUGUUUACUUCUCCUUAUCAAGAUAGUAUUUACUCUAUAUUUGUACUGAUUUAUUUUGUAACGCCAAGAAUUGAAGAAUUGAGAAUAUAAAAAGAUGAGAAAAACACAACCCACAGAGCCCACAUUGGUACGGCUGAACUCGACAUCAAACCCUGUUGAUUCAGGAUAACUUGAGACUGUUUUUGUCGCCCGGGGGAAACAAAGCGUUCUCCUUUUACUCCUGCAGCUUACGAGACGGCAGCGGGAUUUGUAGAAGUAUCUAUAUGUGAUCGUGUGUGGAUUAGUUCAGAUUAAUAUUACUACAAAAUGUGGUGUUCUUUGAGGGUAUCCUUGUGCAAUUCUACCUGCAGCUCUUCAGUGUGUUGUGCGCAUGUGUGAGAGAGUUAUUGUCAGCCGUGUUGUUGUGGUGUUAAAUCAUCGUCGCUUAUUAUGAGGCCAAAGUUGAUUGUUGUUGGUAUUUGUUAACAUGAUAUUUGUCGAUAUGAAUAUCCAAACAUUUUUAUGUCAUCAUAAAUAUCAAGUUGAUUUUGUAUCUUGGUGUAUAGCAUAGAGAUUUCUGAUGCAUACUCUGAUGUAAAAUCCAAACAAUGAGAUGCUCUCACAGUUUUUGGAAUAUUUGUUUGGUUGCACAUAUCCUGGUGCUUUUUAAUUCCAGAAGGUCGAGAUGUAAUUAGGUUUCUUCCAUUUGAGGUGUUUUGCAUUGAUGCUCAUUGGGAUUCUACCACGGUUAGGUGGACACGGACAUCUGCGCUACUUUAUUCGACAAAAAAACUGUGGAUUUUUGUGUCAAAAUAAAUGCUACCAAAUACA